ACCCCCUCCCUCACUCCCUUCUUCGUCGCCGGCACCCCAAUCCAACACUUUACUUCCUCAUCCCCUCCUCUCCCACCUACACGCACAACAAAUCAAUCGCUUGCUGCUCCUGUUUGAGAUCGAGUUGGGUUCGUGCUUGUACUGUUUGAGAGUGAGGUUGAGAGAUGGCAGAGUGCAGAGGAGGGGACGGGUUGAUCAAGUUGUUUGGGAAGACGAUCCCCGUGCCGGAGCCCGUCGGCGCUCUCUCCAAGGAUCUUGGGCAUAGUGGCAGCAGCUCAACUGAAUCUGGGGUCCAAGAGAUCACCACAGACCCUUCACCUCAGCCGGAGGUUGUCGACGCCGAGGACCCCGCCGUGGACAAGGGCUCGCAGUUGCAGUCAGGCGAUGACGAGGCGGCCAGCGAGAAGGAGAAGCUGAAGAAGCCCGACAAAAUCCUGCCAUGCCCCAGGUGCAGCAGCAUGGACACCAAGUUCUGCUACUUCAACAACUACAACAUCAACCAGCCGCGCCACUUCUGCAAGAAGUGCCAGCGGUACUGGACUGCCGGUGGUGCUAUGCGGAACGUGCCGGUGGGGGCCGGCCGGCGCAAGAACAAGAACGUCCUCGCAGCCUCCAACUUCCUCCAGAGGGUCCGGGCCGCUCUUCCUGUCGACACGUUCUGCAGCAGCCCAUGCCCACCGGUUAAGACUAACGGCACGGUGCUCAGCUUCGGCCAUGACGCCUCCUCCACUUUGGACCUCGCAGAGCACCUAAAGGACAACCGCAUACCGAUUGCACGGUCCAGGAAUGCCAGAGACAACCCAUCAAUGGGUUCCUGCAGUGAGGUAGUAUCAAGCAACAGAAACGACAAGGACCAGAGGAAUGAUAUCACUGUAGAGAAAUCUGCAAACGGAGUGCAGCAGCAGCAUCCGGCUGGCAUGAACGGGGGAACCAUGUGGCCAUACGGUUGCACGCCAUCUCCAGCGGCGUAUUACACCUCAGGUAUAGCGAUCCCGAUAUACCCGGGUGCGCCUGGCCCUGGCUAUUGGGGCUGCAUGGUUCCUGGAGCCUGGAGCCUGCCCUGGCCAGUACAGUGCCAGCCACAGGCCCUCUCAUCACCCACCAGUGCUCCUUCAGUCUCCUCUGCACCAAGCCCCCUCACACUAGGCAAACACCCAAGAGAUCAAGCUGACGAGGGCAACAGAGGCCAUGGAAAUGGUAAUGGUAAGGUGUGGGUGCCAAAGACAAUUCGGAUCGACAACGCUGAUGAGGUGGCCAGGAGCUCAAUCCGGUCACUCUUUGGCAUCAAAGGCGAUGACAGAGACGAGCAGAUCAGUGGCACCAGCGGGCACAAGCUCGCGACAUCAGUAUUCGAGCCAAAGCAGCAUGAGGCAAAGAUGGCGAAACAUGCAGAAGCUAUCACGAGCUUGCCACUCUUGCACCAUGCAAACCCGGUCGCGCUCACACGCUCGGUGAUCUUCCAUGAAGGAUCUUGAGAGUCAUCUAUGCAGAUGUCUUUUCUUCUCAUGUCUGCCGCCUUCUGUUAUAAACAUGAACUUAGCCUAACAAUACUGAUUUUUUUUUAUGCAUCGAAGGAUUGUAAAGUGGGUAUUGGGAGCAAAAUGGAGUGUAUAACAUAUAGGCUUGUGGACUUGUAAUAGGUAGCAUGUAAAUAGAAAUGGCUGUUUAUGUUGGAGAUAGACCAGGAGAUAAGGUCCCUGGUCCUGUGUAGAUCAAUGACAUAAAAUAGAUGGAACUCGAAUAUUCGGCUUGAGGUGUUUUGUGCAUCAGCA